CGAAAGUGACGCUAAAGACCCUCCGCGUUCGCACUCCUCGUGCCUCCCCGAAACUCGUAGACCAUGAUCAAGUUCGUGCUGAUGGUGAACAAGCAAGGCCAGACGCGGCUGGCUCAGUACUACGACUUCCUGUCCAUCCAGGAGCGUGUGGCGCUCGAGGCGGAGAUCAUCCGCAAGUGUCUGGGUCGUAAUGAGACGCAGUGCUCGUUCGUGGAGUACCGCGGAUACAAGGUCAUUUACCGAAGAUACGCGUCUCUCUUCUUCAUUGUGGGCGUCAAGGACGACGACUCGGAGAACGAACUGGGCAUUCUGGAGUUUAUCCACGCGCUUGUGGAGACCAUGGACAAGUACUUCGAGAGUGUGUGUGAGCUUGACAUCAUGUUUAACUUGGAGAAGGCGCACUUUAUUCUGGAUGAGAUGGUCAUGAAUGGGUACAUUGUGGAGACGAAUAAGAUCUCCAUCCUUAAACCCAUCCACCUGAUGGAGAAGGCUUCGUAGGCGACCUCCUCCAUAUUAUGUUGAACUGGGUCGCAGCACUGAUUUUUUUUAGUCGUCUGCGCACCGUUUACUCUUACUCACGCGGCGAGGGUAAGCCUUGCAUGAAUACAUGUGGUUCAGCACGUCA